AAGCAACUAAAACAGAAUCAUAAUUCACCUAAUUCAUUUUAUCGGAUUGAGAAAGCACAGCCACGAUAAAUGUGUCCUGGUAGAACACGUUAGUUUUAUCGAGAACAGUGGAUGCCGCUUUGAAUCAGCCACAAGUCAGGCAUUCUGGCUCGAGCAACCGUAAGAUAAAACGCAGGGUUUAACUUUCAUUAUAUGUGUUAGCAACCCGGCUAGUAAGGUUGCUAUCAGAUGACUCUGUAAUUUGCAUUGUGUAGAACAAUUCAACUUUGUGAAUUGUUUGCUUUAACAACUUUUGUGUUUCUCAACACUGUAUAAAUGGCCAUGUGUCCGUGACCUGUGUCGUCGAGAGGCAGCGACGAUGAUGUCCUCCGGAGGCAGUGUGCUCCUCAGAGCUGCUGUCACACUACUACCCAAACCCAGUUGGAGCCGAGGAUGUUUGUGGUGUCCAUGCAGGAACAUUUCUGUGAAACCAGGAGACCUGAAACCAAAGACGGUUCCCGCUCGCUACCUCGGCCAGCCAAGUCCUUUCACUCAUCCGCACCUCAUCAAACAUGGUGAAGUGACACCUGGCCUGAGCCAAACCGAAUAUGAACUCCGUCGCCACAGGCUGGCCUCACUCAUCGAGGCCCACUCGGAUAAACUCGGACCGUCUGCAUCGUCCGGCACUCACGUGCUCGUUAUUUUGUCCCAUCCGACCCGCUACAUGACUAAUGACAUACCGUAUCCUUUCCACCAGAACCAGGAUUUCCUCUACCUGUGUGGCAUCUUGGAGCCUGACAGUGCUUUGGUCCUCCACGGGAAAGGACGACCAGACCAGGCCAUUUUGUUUGUUCCUCGCAGAGACCCAGGCAGGGAGCUGUGGGAUGGCCCGCGAUCAGGGUUGGAUGGAGCUGCUGCUUUGACUGGCAUAGAGAGGGUUCAUAGCACAGAAGAACUCGGUCUGGUGCUCAAAGCCCUUAAAGGCUCCACCCUGUGGUACGAUCAUUCUCAUCCAGCCAACUCUCGACUCCACCAAGCACAUGUCCAUCCCGUCUUGCAGGCCGGGCCAAUGCCACGCCCCCUAAGUCCACUCAUUCAUUCACUCAGGGCUUUUAAGAGUUCAGCGGAGGUGGCCCUCAUGCAAGAAGCAGGUCGCAUCACAGCGCAGGCUUUUAGGCGGACCAUGGCUCUAUCUCACGGGGAAGUGGAUGAAUCCGUACUCUUCGCUAAGUUUGAUUUUGAGAACCGGGUCCAUGGUGCAAAUUUCCUGGCCUAUCCGCCUGUGGUUGCCGGAGGGAAUCGUGCCAAUACUCUGCACUACAUCAACAACAACCAAAUCAUUAAGGAUGGUGAAAUGGUGCUCCUUGAUGGCGGCUGUGAAUAUUUCGGUUAUGUCAGUGAUGUGACCCGAACGUGGCCAGUAAAUGGAAAAUUUAGCGCUCCGCAGGCAGAACUUUACGAAGCCGUCCUGGAGGUCCAGCUCUCCUGUUUAUCUCUGUGUUCGCCAGGUGUCAGUCUCGACCAUAUUUACAGCACCAUGCUGGCCAUGUUGGCAAGACAGCUCAAGCGUCUUGGCAUCGUCAAGUACGUCGGUACCAGCGAUGCUGAUCUAUUAAAGGCUGCAAGGCGGUACUGCCCUCAUCAUGUUGGACAUUACUUGGGCAUGGACGUCCAUGACACUCCAGAACUGUCCCGCUCACAACCUUUACAGUCUGGAAUGACCAUCACCAUAGAACCAGGGUUGUAUAUUGGCGAGGAAAAUGAGCAGGCCCCAAAGUGUUUCCGCGGCAUGGGGAUCAGGAUCGAGGAUGACGUACUGAUCCGGGACAAGGGUGGGCCCUUAAUUCUAUCUGCUGAUGCUCCAAAGACCAUUGGUGAUGUAGAGCGGGCCUGUGCCCAAAGGUAGGGCAGGAGGAGAUGAUGGUAGGCAUUGAAUUUUUGGACAGGGAGACUAUAUUUAUAUACAAGAUAUUCAAGCUUUUAACCAUGUGAAAUCUACUGCAUUGUUUUGUCAUGUCUUCCCAUGAAUCCUGCAUUGUUGCACACACUUGUCAGAAAACUGCAUGGUUGCUAUAAUUUCAUAACUCAUUCUAAUCUACAGUGAUUCACAUGAAAUGUGUAACGUGAACGUGUUAGGUGCUGCUAGGUAAUCAAAAUCAAAGGCCUGCAAGGGUAAUAAGUGUUUUGCCAGAUCUAUUUUUUUAAGAAAAUGAUCUACAUGUGUGUUUAAAAAUGCUCUGGUGUCUCAAAUAAAAAAAGUAGUUAUGUU